UUUCUUGCACAAACAACACACAGGAACUUGGAAAACAGACAGACAGAAACUCAGAUUACAUCAAGGCAUUCCUUAUGGUCUGUGUCUGAGGUGAAAUCUAAAGCAAUGGGUUAACUGUUGUCCUGUAGCUCUCACAUCCUUUUAUUCUGUGACCCAAAUGGCUUUCCUGGGAUCCUGGCAUUGCCAGCCUGCCCUGCCUUUCCCAUUUUUGCAGAGCAGUUUCAGGAUCCUGCUGGUAAUUACCAGAAUUGUUCCUCUAGGAGCUCUCUGCAGUUUCCUCAGAAACCACAGGAACGGAGAGGAAGCCUUCUCUUACCAGCUGCUGCAUGCAAAUUCACCCUUCAUCCCUCUUUCCAUCACUUCUUGUUUUCAAGUGUGUUGCCAGUUUAUCUCUCAGCUACAUUAAUCCCUUGGUUUUCCUGAUUUUCACUUAAAACACCCGUCAGUUUGGUGCUUCUGCUCUCCUAUAAGGUAGUAAUGAAAGGCAAGGUUCCAAUUUUAGCAUCUUCCACUUACUCAUAAAUAAGUCCUCAGUAUUUAAAUUCACCUGUAUAAAACACUGUGCAGUAGUUUAGCUGCUUCAGCAAAGAACUUUUCUCGGCUCUUGAUCUCAGGUGCAAUUCUAGCCCAAACAACAUAAAAAUACAAGAUAUCCUUGAGGAGAGGGUGGUGAUCCAGGCACAGGGAGAGUGGCCAGGGGACAGCAUUUCUCAAAAGCUGUAUUUCAGCAUUUUUUCAGAGUGAGCCUUGAUUCAGUUUCCACAUUACUUUUUCAAGUCUCCUCUCUAUUCUGGAUGUUUAUGCAGAUGCACAUGGCAUUUUUAAAUAUGAAAAAAGACUGGCACUUCAUUAGACUUAGCUGUGUAACAGUUUUCCAAAACCACCAAAUUAUUACUGGCAAUUAAAAUUUGCCAGAAGAUGCUCUGAGUUUCUUCUGAGUAUUAGAACCAGAAACUUACGAUGAAAAGCUUGAAUAGUGCAUCCUACAACUCUGUUACUUGGCCAAGCCCUUUCCACUUCCCACAGUCUGCUGUGCAUUAUGUAAUCUUCUAUCCAAAGCCUGUCUGCUGUGGCAAAAGCAGGUGUGGGAAGCAGUCUGGGGCAGUGGAUUGCUGACACUCAGCUCAGUGCUGCUGGCAAGUUUCACUUACAGUCAUCAAACAGAUCUGGCAAAAACGAGAAGCAGAUUUGUGUGGUGCUGUGGUGUCACCUCUCAGUCAAAGCCCCGCCAGCAGGAGCUCAGUGCACUUGUACCCUGCCCCAGCAGCACACAGUGCAGCCAAAACAGCUCAGAGUGGGCUGAGAGGCACCACAGCUCUCUCUGGAGAUGGUGUGCUAAGAAGGAACCACAGAAGUUCACAAAGAAGAUAAUUUUUCUUGGAUGAGAAGCGUGAACAGGAGCGUUGUUUGUCACCUUCAGCCAGAAUGUUGUCUCACAUCUGCCUGACCUGGCUUCUCCUGGUGCGGCUCACAGGCUCCACAGUAUCAGAAUCAAUUGUGAUAGGAGAGGUGGGGCAGGACAUCACUGUGCCCUGCCGCUACAGUGUCUGGAACAGAGACAGCAUCACAUCCAUGUGCUGGGGCCGGGGCAGCUGCCCCAAUUCAAAGUGUUCCUGGCCCAUUAUCUGGACAGAUGGCUGGAGGGUGACAGAGCGGCACAGCAGCAGGUACCAGCUGAAAGGGGACCUGCACAGUGGGGACGUGUCCCUGACAAUCGUGAACGCCAGGGAAUCAGACUCUGGGACCUACUGCUGCCGUGUGGAGAUCCCAGGGUGGUUCAAUGAUCAACUGAUUAAUCACAAGGUUGUGGUGAGGAAAGCAAGGAUCUCUACUGCAAGUCCUCACACUUACACCUCUGAACAGACCUCAGGUCCUGGCAGCACCAGGGAAUCCUCCUUCACUGUCACAAGGACCUGGCCACCGGUUUCUGCUUCAGAAGCUCCUCAGACUGCCUCUACUCCCUGCUCAGGCCCCUCAGACUGCCUGGAUGUGGCUGCAAACCUGCAGAACACGUCUGUGUCACUUCCCAGAGAGCAGCACCCAGAGCAUGGGCUCUACAUUGGGAUUGGCUCAUGUGCAGCACUGCUGCUCAUCCUGAUUCUGGCUCUGCUCCUCUCUAAACGAUAUUUUUACAACAUCAAGAAGAUGGGUGGUUCUGCAGGCCUUGUUGCAUUUCAGAGGCCACGAGGUAUGGGAAGCCAUAGUGCCCUGGAAGAGGAGAAUCCUGCUGAAGAAAAUGUUUAUAUCAUGGACUACCUGAAUGUCCUUAAAUGGUGUGGCCCAGAGCUGCCCCCAGUGCCCCAAGUGGGGCUGCAGAGCCCUGAGCACAGCAGGGCUCCCCCUUUGGCCAGUUCCUAUCCGGAAACACUCUCAGCAUGUCAGAUCUGGAAAUGGAGAAAUGAGACUGCAGUGAGACUCACUCAGGCUCAGGAAAGGAUAAGAUCUGGUUUUCCGACUCUUCCACUCACUGCCCGGGUGUCUCCAUCAGCCAGAAUGUCCCAUUUUGUGCUGUUUUACUGGAUGGUGAUACAGAUCUUUAUAGCCCCCAUGGUGUGUGACAGGGUGGUCAGAGGGACAGAGGGACAGCCUGUGACCCUGCCCUGCUCCUACCACGUGGCACGGCGCAAGGACAUCUCCGACGUGUGCUGGGGCAGAGGCCGCUGCCCCAACUCCAAGUGCUCCAACACAAUCCUGCACACCAGUGGCCCCAAGGUGACGUUCAGGGUGUCUCAGAGGUACAGCCUGCGCGGGUAUGUUGACUAUGGAGACGUGUCCCUCACCAUUGGGGCGGCCCAGGCGCAGGAUGCGGGCCUGUACUGCUGCCGCGUGGAGAUCCCCGGCCUCUUCAACGACAUCAAGCGCAACAUCCAGCUGCUGGUGGCCAGAGCCCCUCCAGUGACCACCAGCACCACCACCACCAGCACCACCACUACAGAAGCUCCCGUUUUCUUCAAAUAUUUUACAGGAACAACUUCUGCUCCUCAAGCCACCUCUGAUCUCCAGACAACACCAGAGACCACAGUGCUGCUGACAACCAGCCCCCUUCCACCAGCAACCACAGCCCCCCAGUCUCCAGCAGUAACUACAGGGGACACCUCUGCUCCCCCAGCCAUUGCUGUUGGGACAGAAAAUGAUAUUUUUACUGAGACUGUGAUGGAAACGAGUGCUCCCCCAGAUUUUCCAACCACUUCCCAAGCAGCUGAUGUGACAACUGAAGAUGACAUGUUCUGCUCCACGCUCCCUGGAAGCACAGAGGUGACCACUGAAUUGCCCCAUACACUUCCAGCUGCAGAGGAAACCACCUCUGUCCUGAUGGAAGAGCUGUCAGUCAGGGAGCUUUCAGCAAAUUCAGAUGGCAAUGCUGGGAAAUAUGAAGAUAGAGGAGAUGAGGCAAAACUUCCUUUUCCCAGCUCUGCCAUUGUCAUUGCCUGUGUCGUAGCAGGGUCCAUCCUUCUGGGCUUGUUGGUUUGGAAACGUAAACAGACAAAGAAGUUUAUAGUAAAAAGUGUUGGACCACCAGAAGAGACUGACAAAGCUUUCAGUGGUGCUGAAGGAGAAAACAACAUUUUUUCCCUGUGAAGAGCUCCUACAUCACCUGCAGAUGCCAUGGGAAAUAAAAAGGGCCUGAUCCAUGCUGCAUGAGAGAUACUUGUGAGCCCUCAAAAUAUCAGCGGGUAAAAAACAAAGGCCAAAGCUUCAACCAUGAAAAUUUAAAAUCUUUGUGCAAAUUUUCCCAUAUCACCCUUAAAACUCACUGCAUAAAGAAGCUUAUUUGAGAAGGGGCUUUAUGCAUUAUUCAUGGAUGCUUCUGGCAUCUGCCUUCUUACUAUCACAUGUUGCACAAUUGAAUUUGUUUUUCUCCAUUUUUACUAAUGCUCUUCCUUGAAUACAACUUGUACUCUGAGGAACAGAAGAGAUCACAUGGAAGGCUGCCUAUCUUCAAAUUGCCAUGAAGAAAGAAAAGGAAUCGUAAAAUACAGAUUUUAAUGCUUUUAUGUAAUCAACAGAAAAAUUAAGCAACAAGAAUACUGUCAAUUUAAAUCAAAAAUGCAGAUUACUUAAGGGGUAUCACUACUGCCUGUGAUUCAGCAUGUUUGAAUAACCCUUGGAGAAUAUGUUAAUAAAUUCUGUAAUUUUUUUGCUGGCAA